CCUUGUUGCACAAGAAAAAGAUCAGAAAAAAGGGACGUGACACUCGAUAGCGGUUGUAUCAGUCCUGCAUUAAGCAAAGUCGGGCUGGAAUGACUUUUCUUCGCCCAAUAAAGAUACUAAAAGCGCAGUUUUAACGUUUGGACGCGUGCCCGACGCGCCGCGACGCCUCUUAGUUCUCAACGCAUGAGAGUGGGAUCCGCGGUGCGCGGAGUUGCGUGGCUCCCCCCUCGCGCACUGGACGCUCGCCUCGCGCAGGACUGGCUGUGCUCAGCGCCACUUCCGGCUUCCGUCAUUUCAUUCUCCCGCCGAUGCGCGCAGCUCAACUCUCUGCGUUCUAUAAGCGAGCGAGCGGCCGACCUGCCAACACUCACUGACACUCACUCACUCACUCACUCAUCUCAGACCGCGCCGGAGACCGACGCGCUUUCCACAGACUCUCCGAGUGUCCUUUUUCUUUCCUUUUUUUUUUCUUUUUUUUUUUUUUUUUAAUGUAGUAAUAAAACAAGAAAGCGGACCGGAGGCAUAAAGGAGAGAGGGACUUGUGGGAUGAAAACGGGGCUAAAAAGAUUCAUCUUCUCUUGAACAUCAUCACCAACCAUCAUUCAUUCAUUACCUUGACAACCUUGGGCUUUGAUUGACAGCUGGAGUGGCAAAAAGCCAUGAGACGCGACAGUUUGGUUGCACGCAGGUUGUUGAUGGGCCGGCUGUAACCUUCAGUUUGGGGCUCGACUUUUUUUCUCUUUCUUUUCUGGGGGGGGCAAAGAGGAAAAGAAGAAUAAUUGGAAAACUCUUCCUGAUGCCUGCGCUCGUUCUCAGCCGUAGUACUGGAGAAUAGGAGGAAUUCGCCAAGUUUGCUCGAAAAGGGGAUCUUUUGCAGCGCGUGAGUUUGUGAGCGGACUGGGAGAUUCAAUCUACGACACAGAGCCCGAGGUUUAUUGGAGCGCAGGCUGAUGGCGCAAAGGUACGAUGAGUUGGCUCAUUACGGCGGCAUGGACGGGGUCGGUAUGUACGGGGAUCCUCACGCGCCUCGGCCGCUGCCGCAGGUCCAUCAUCUGAACCACGGACCGCCGCUCCACGCCAGCCAGCACUACGGCACACAUGCCCCCCAUCCCAAUGUCAUGCCCACCAGCAUGGGCUCGGCUGUCAACGACGUGUUAAAGAGGGAUAAAGAUCAAAUUUACGGUCAUCCUCUGUUUCCUCUGCUGGCUCUGGUCUUUGAGAAGUGUGAGCUGGCCACAUGCACUCCUCGCGAGCCCGGGGUCGCUGGGGGAGAUGUGUGCUCCUCAGACUCCUUCAACGAGGACAUCGCUGUCUUCGCCAAACAGGUCCGCGCAGAAAAACCUUUAUUUUCUUCGAAUCCAGAAUUGGAUAAUUUGAUGAUACAAGCCAUACAAGUAUUACGGUUUCAUCUUUUGGAGCUAGAAAAGGUGCACGAACUCUGCGAUAAUUUCUGCCAUCGGUACAUCAGCUGUUUGAAAGGAAAAAUGCCCAUAGAUUUAGUGAUUGAUGAACGGGAUGGCAGCUCAAAAUCAGACCACGAGGACAUCUCGGGAUCUUCCACGAACUUAGCCGAUCAUAACCCAGCGUCCUGGAGAGAUCACGAUGAUGCCACAUCCACACACUCGGCCGGCACGCCAGGACCUUCCAGCGGAGGACACGCGUCACAGAGCGGAGACAACAGCAGCGAGCAAGGUGGGUCCUGUAACGUUCCUGUGCUUUCAUCAUGCUACUGA